UUUUCAUGUAUAAAAUCAUCCUCCAAUGUGCAUUCCAUCAGCCACAAAUAAGUAUAGAUAAAUUUACAAAAAUGUUCGGAACCUUAUCAGAAGAGGCAGAAGUAAAGGUGUCCGCAAGCAAAGCUUGGGCUCUAUAUGGCACACUUGAGCUUGGAAAACUUGUUGCCGGAAAAAUCCUUGAAGCGGUUGAUGUUGUCGAAGGCGACGGUGGGCCUGGUACCAUUCUCAAGCUUACCCUUAACCCUGGGUCUGGCUUCACUUGUUAUAAAGAGAAGUUCACAAAGGUGGAUAACAUAAAUAUGGUCAAAGAAACCGAAGCGAUUGAAGGGGGGUUUCUUGAUAUGGGGUUUAAUCUUUAUCGGGUAAGGUUUGAGAUCAAAGAGAAUCCAAAGGAUGGCUCGGGCUCUUCAUGUGUUUUAAAAUUAACAAUUGAGUACGACGUUAAGGAAGAGUUUGCUAAUAAUGCUUCUCUUGUCACCACUGCGCCUCUCCUUGGUAUUAUGAGUGUUGCAAAUGAGCAUCUUUUGAAAAAAUAAUUAACAUGGGAAGCGUUUAUGAUCAUGUAUUAUGAUGUUGUAACAUUUAUGAAUAAACUCGUGUUACUUUCCUUUGUCAAUGCUUUAAGUGGUAUUAGUGAA